AUGCGACUAACUUUGACAUUCAUCUUGCUGGGAAUUUUAGUUCCUCUACGAGCAGAACCGCAACUGAGCGGCGGAUUGCUUGGAACUGGCGUGGGUGCUAACCCCGGGUUGCUGGGAACUGGUUUGCUAUCAGCUGGAACCACAAGUGGAUUGCUAGGAUCAGGACUAGGCGCUACCAACGGUGUUCUGAACACAGGAUUGUUGGGAACCGCUACCACAAAUGGAGUGCUAGGAUCGGGACUUGGCGCCACCAACGGAGUUCUCGGUACUGGAUUACUCGGAACCGCAACCACGAAUGGGCUAUUGGGAUCCGGACUGGGUGCUACCAACGGUGUUCUGAACACAGGAUUGCUGGGAACCGCUACCACAAAUGGAGUGCUAGGAUCGGGACUUGGUGCCACCAACGGAGUUCUUGGUACUGGAUUACUCGGAACCGCAACCACGAAUGGGCUAUUGGGAUCCGGACUUGGUGCUACCAACGGUGUUCUGAACACAGGAUUGCUCGGAACCGCUACUACGAACGGAUUGUUGGGUACUGGACUAGGUACAACCGGUGGUGUUCUCGGUACUGGUUUGCUAGGUUCGGGAACCGGAACUACCAGUGGAUUAUUAGGUACUGGAAUUGGCACUACUGGUGGUCUUCUUGGUACUGGUAUUCUCGGUGUAGGUGGUGGUGCUACCACCACCACUGUUGCUGCUACAACAGCUGCGACCACGACCACCGCCGCUUCUGCCACGACCACGGUCGCUCCUGCCACGACAACGGCCGCUCCCACCACGACCACGGCCGCUCCUACCACGAUCACGGCCGCUCCUACUACGACCACGGCCGCUCCUACCACGAUCACGGCCGCUCCUACCACGACCACGGCCGCUCCUACCACGACCACGGCUGCUCCUACCACGACCACGGUCGCUCCUACCACGAUCACGGCCGCUCCUACCACGACCACAGUUCUACCAAUUACGACCAUUGCACCGAUUACGACGACCAUUGCUCCAACUACAACUACCAGCGCACCAGCAACCACAGUUACAUCUGCUCCAACAGGAACUGUGACAUUCAACAUUAAUGGAAGUAUCAUCAGCAUAGCUGCUGGAGAUCAGGCAACUAUCAAUGCCAUCAAUGCUGUCUUGGCAAGUUCAUCGACCACCGUUGCAAUGACCACAACUACCACCGCUGCACCAUCAUCUGGAAGCACAGUGUCGUUUAAUAUUGGCGGAUCGAUCAUUACUGUUAACGCUGCUGACACUGCUACGAUUACAGCGAUCAUUCAAACCCUUAACAGUGGAACCACUACUACCGCGGCUACGACGACAACUACUGCCGCCUCCGUGAUUCCUGUGACAACAACUACUGCCGCUUCCGUGGUUCCUGUGACAACUACGAAAACAACAACUACUGCAGCAUCAGUUACAACGUCUAGAACCACAGCUGCUCUUACGACGGCUAGUAACUCUGCAUCAUCAGGUGCUUCCAAUACUGGUGCCGCUACCACAACUGCUCCGAAUGCUGGUUCAAUGUCCAUUUCAAUUAUUAUCAACAUAAAUGGCCAGUUCGUAUUGAUCACCUCAACUAGUCAGAGCCUUUUGCAAGUGACACAGCAAAUCAUGCAACAAAUAGCAACCCCAACCACCACAUCCACAACUGUGCAGACUCCGGUCAAUCCAGUGCAGCGGACACCGGCGCCUCCAUCCAACAAUGGUGUAGGUCGCCCCGGUGGCUGCAUGAGACGUCGCCAUUCAUCGGAGGAAUUCAGAGGUCACCGUGGAUUCCAUGGUGGAUUUGGCAUUGGUAUUGGAAUUCGUGGACCGCUCGGAGGAGGAAUUCAGGCUGGAAUCGGAGCCGGUGUAGGAGGAUUUGGCAGACAUCAUGGCGGAAUCGGGGCAGGGCUGCGUGUGCAGGGACCUCUGGGAGGCGGUUUCCAAGCCGGUUUCGGUACUGGAAUUCGUACCGGUGGCCACAGACAUGGGUAA